AUGCACCUCCCGAUAGCAGUAGGGGAAGGGGAGGUUGUGGGGGGGCGAGGGGGAGUGAGGGAGGGGAGUGAGGAGAGUAGUGGGAGUGAGGGUGGUGAGGAGGAGAUUGUAGAUGUUUGUGACUCUGUGAGGGAGUGGGGAGAAGAGGGGCGAUUUGAACAGGGGCAACUCGAAGAGGGGCGGCUGGAAGGGAAAAGUGAGGGGAACAUAGGGGGGAAGGGGAAGGAAGUGGGGGGAAGCGAGAGGGAGCAGGGGGAAGAGGGUCACUUCGAAGCUACUGUCGCUGGUAAAGGGGCGAUGGUUCAGGUGCAAGGGGGGUGUCAUCAUGGGGAAGGGCAGCGAGAGCGGCAGGAGGGAGAGGAAGGGAGGAAAUCGGAGGAAAGCGAAAAAGGCAAGGCGGAGGGAGAGGGGGAGAGAGAGGUGGCGGAAGGAGGGGAGGGACAGGCAGAGCAGGACAGAGAGGAAUGUGAGCAAGGCGUUGUGCGGCCAAAGGAGCGGCUGAUUCUGGGAUCGGAGGACGAGAUGCUGACGUGGCAUGCGCAGUGGCAACUGCUGCAAAGCUCUUUCAGGCUCGCCUCUCACAACUUUGAUGCAGCCUUCUUCCCCUCGCUCCUAAUCGUCUCAGCCAUCGCAUCCACUCUCCUGGCCGUCGCCUUUGCGGUGGCGCCUCUCUUUGAGUUUACUGAUUUCAGCACUCCCGUGGUGCUCGGGGUGGUUACCGCCAUUCACCUCGACUUCGCCCUGCUCCUCCUCACCAUUGCUCCUAUCGGUGUCCGUGCAGACCCCAUCGCUUCUCCUCCCCUCUCUCUCCAUGACCCUCCGUCUUCUCCUCCGCUACUCCCACUCCUAUCUCGCCCUCAACUUUGGCCCUGGAAGUACUCUCCUCCCUCACUCCUAGCCUCCCAAGGGCGCUCCCCUCUUUCACACCUCCCGUCUUCGUCACGUCCCCUCUCCUCACCUCACUUCCGCUCUGUCUCAUACCCUGUCUCUCCUUACCCCCUCCACCCCCCCCGCCCUCCCUCUUCUCUUUCCCCCCUACAGAGUGCUCUUAUCAGUAUCUGUGCAGACUCCAUCGCCCCUCCUCCCCUCUCUCUCCAUGACCCUCCGUCUGCUGCGCCGCUACUCCCACGCCUAUCUCGCCCUCAACUUUGGCCUGAUAGGGGUGCUUUCCAGCCUCGCAGCAGCAUGCUUCCUACUCACUGGAAUCAUCCAAAACGCCAUGCUGCAUAA